UCGAUGGCCACUGAGGGCGAGCUGCGCGCCGCCAGAGCCGUGGCUGCAGUUGUCAGCGCACGAGGCGCUGGCUGGGCGGCGACAGCAGUCGAGCGACCACCGAUGGCUGACCACGCGGAAACCGCUGGCUGGGACCAGACGUUGGUUAUCGACGGCUGGCGAAACUCCCGGGGAGCCUCCAACCUGGCCUUCAACGAGCAGGUGAAGCAUCUGCAAAGGUGCGGCCGACAGAUCGCGCACUUUGCCUUUGGCCAGUCGCCGUUCCCGAUCCCGGAGCUGGCCGUGGCCGCCCUCCGACAGCACGCCGGCGAGCACGCCUACCUGCCAGUGGCCGGUCUGCCGGAGCUGCGCCGGGCCAUCUGCGACUUUCACCUACGACACGACCACAUCCAGCUGGAUGCCGAUUACAUGCUCGUCGGCCCCGGCUCCAAGGAGCUCCUUUAUCUAACCAUGAGUGUCUUCAACGGAGACCUGAUACUGGUAGCACCUGCCUGGACAACAUAUGAGCCUCAAAGCCGUCUGGCUGGCAAGGUGGCCACCGUUAUCCAGACCGGCUCCGAGACCCACUUCAAAGUGACGUCGGAUCACCUGGAGACGCUGUUCAAGUCCAGGCGCAUGCUGCCGCACAGAAUGAUGGUACUCACCAAUCCGGGAAAUCCCACCGGACUCCAGUACACAGAACAGGAGUUGCGCGACCUGAGUGAGACGUGUCGCCGGCACCGGGUGAUAGUGCUCAGCGACGAAAUCUACGCACGUUUGACAUUCGAUUCCACGCACGUCAGUAUGGCCAAGGUGUACCCUGAGGGCACCAUCCUGACGUCGGGUUUCAGCAAGUGGUUGAGCGCCGGCGGCUGGCGGAUGGGGUACGCCCACUACCCGGCCGCGCUGGCGCCGCUUCUGUCGGCCGUGCGCUCGGCCGCCUCCAACACGUACAGCUGCGCGCCUGCUCCCCAGCAGCGGGCGCUGGCGGCCGCCCUGCAGCCAAAGCACGCGCACCAGCUGGACACCUACAUCGGCACCUGCUGCCGCCUGCUGCGCGCCGUGGGCGACUACUGCGCCAGGCAACUGCACGCCGUCGGCGUCAAAGGCUACCCUAGCCAAGGCGCCUUCUACUUCAUGCCAGACUUCGAGGUGUGCCGCGGAGCACUGGCAGCGCGCGGCAUCACCACCGGCGACCAGAUGGUUGGCGCCAUUCUCCAGGAGGCCGAUGUCGCUCUGAUGGCCAGCUCCUGCUUCCUGAUGAGUGAGACGGACCUCAGCACCCGGUUCUGUUUCGUGUGUCUGGACGGCGCGGCGGCUCUGGCGGCGCUGGAUGCCGGCGAGUCGCUGGACGACGCCUUUGUGGAGCGCCACUGCGCCCAGCUGGUGGCCGGCGUGCGUCGGCUCUGCGCCUGGGUGCUGGCCAACUCGGCCUAGGUGGUCGGCGCCCGGGCGGCAGCGCCGCCGCCGAGCCUCAUCCGUGCCGACAUGUUCCUGUGACGGCCCGCGCUGCAGUCAAUGAGCUCCAUCGCUGCCAUCAACACUCAGCAUUCUGCAGUGGUCUGCUGUGCCCGUCCGACUGUGACUGCUGACUGAGUCCGUUCUGUCUUGCCAGAACGGACUCAGUCAUCAGUCACAGUCGGACGGGCUCAGUCACUGCCGAGUCGCUGCGAAGUUGCAGCGGCGCAUACGAAGCGCUCGAUUGGUGACAAUUCAACGGAAUGAAUGGGUCCAAAAGACGGAGGAAAUUAGAGCGUUGAUGACUUAUCGUCGGACGGGCCGCAAAAGAGACUAGCCAAUAAUGUCGAGACGUUUGUUUUAUAGUUCGUUUUUAUUCAAAAGGGAUUUGGCUCCAAGUAGCUUUGCACGUGUUUGGCCAGAGAAAAGGACAAAAACUGAACCAGAGAAAAUCGAAUGUCGCCAAAGUUUAACAUGUGAAUCAUUCCCGAUUAAUCCGUACGUGCGUUUUAGAAUUUCGUACGUGCGUUUUGGAAAUAGAUGGAACAGUGGUGAUGUAAUGCUGUCGAACUUGCACUACAUGUGAUGCAUAACUAUCAUGGACAGAAUCGCUUACUCGAUUCUAACCUCGGUAACAGUGAAAAACGGAGUUUGCUAAAAUUUGUUGACAAUUCGCGCCAUCAUACGGACAAUGGGUGCCAGCUGCCACGAGUGACGUCAUCAUAGUAUGCUCAUUUUGAAGACAGAAUUUCCAUGUAUUUACCGGGCACAAUGUAAAAUAGAAUAUUUUUAGGUAAGAAAUUAGCCCCAGACGCUGAAGUUGACGAAGCUCACGUGAAAGCUUCCAUAAUGAACUUGAAGCCAAAUCCCUUUUGAAUAAAAACAAACGCAUGGUUGGUUG